AUGGGAAUCGUUAGCCAAGUCAAGGGCGGCAAGCCGAAGGCUACUGCCGCCGAUCCAGUACUUACUCGCAUCGUCGAACAGGACACUGUCUCUUGGAUCAGGAAGCCUAACCUACGCCGUCUCUAUCUUCUGCUCGUCCCGGCCGCCAUUGGUAUUGAGAUUACCUCCGGUUUCGAUUCUCAGUUGAUCAACGCGCUGCAAAUCGUUCCAGCAUGGAAAGAUUACUUCCAUCAUCCAACUGGUUCUCUCCAAGGAAUCAUCGCUGCAGCCUACUCCCUCGGUGCCAUUAUAUCGUUGCCAUUCAUUCCUUGGGUCGAUGACAAGGUGGGACGUCGAGGCUCUAUCAUGGUGGGCUCUAUUAUCAUGAUUAUUGGAGCUAUCAUUCAAGGUUUCUCUGUCAACGUCGCCAUGUACAUUGUUGCCCGACUGAUCCUUGGAUUUGGAAUUCCUGCUUGUAUCGUUGCCGGAUCCUCGUUGAUUGGUGAACUCGGAUAUCCCAAAGAGCGCCCGGUUCUUACAUCCUUGUUCAACGUCUCGUACUUUGUCGGACAACUCAUUGCAGCCGGCAUUGUGUUUGGAACGAACAGUAUUAAAAGCAAUUGGGCCUGGAGAGUCCCCUCGCUUCUUCAACUAGCACCUUCAUUGUUGCAAGUCAUCUUCGUCCUAUUCCUCCCCGAGAGCCCCCGUUGGCUCGUCAGUCAUGAUCGAGUCGAGGAGGCGGAAGCUAUUCUUGUCAAGUAUCAUGCGGAAGGAAAUGCUGAGUCCGAGUUCGUCAAGGGCGAAAUUGAGCAAAUUCGCACCACUAUUCAACUGGAAUUGGAAGCUUCUAAGCGCUCGUGGCUCGACCUUCUUCGAACCAGUGGAAUGCGCCGCCGAACUCUCGUUACGUCGCAGCUUGGACUCUUUACUCAGUGGUCUGGAAAUACCCUCAUCUCGUAUUACUUUGGUGAAUUGAUGACUAUGAUCGGUAUCGAAAAUGCUACGCAAAAGCAAAAGUUGAACGUCGGAUACGCUGCGUGGAGUCUCGUAACUGGAGGAGUUGUCGCACUCUUUGUUACUAAAUUCCGCCGACGAACUCUUUACAUGCUUUGCACUGUUUCACUGCUCCUUGUUUACACUGGUUGGACAGUCGCUUUCCAGAAAGCAAACACGGCUAAGGAGGCCCAUGGUCACAACGGAGCCGCUAGUGCUGCUUGCGCAUUCUUUAUCUUUGCCUACCAGCCAUGCUACAAUAUCGGCUUCAACGCUCUAACAUAUACAUACAUGGUCGAGGUAUGGCCCUACAUGGAGCGAUCCAGAGGAAUUGCCGUCUUCCAACUUUUCGGUCGUCUUGCUGGCUUCUUCACAACCUACGUCAAUCCUAUCGGCCUGGGUAACAUCAAGUGGAAGUGGCUCAUCGUAUACGUCUGUUGGUUGACGUACGAAGUCAUCUUUGUUUGGUUCUUCUUCCCAGAAACUGCCAACAGAACUCUUGAAGAAUUGGCUUUCCUGUUUGAGGGCGACGAAAAGAAGCUCCAGGCUGCCGAAGCCGUUGAGAAGGCUGUGCACCACGAAGAGUUCAACAUCAAGGCGGAGAAGGUUUAA